AAACAGUUUAUUAAUCAGUUUAGUGAGAUUUAUUAGAGUUUAUAAUCAGUAUUUUACUGUAUAACUGCAGUAAUUAGUUUAGUAUUAUUGAGUAUGAUUUCUGUAAAGAUUAGAAGUGUACCUGCUGGAGCUGUGUUCUAAUAUUAAGUGGAUUGUAGUGCGGGUGUAGGGCUGAUUGUGGAUCAGUAUGGACUGCGUUGCAACUGGAGGAAACGUCAAAGUGCUGGCAAAAGCAAUACACUCGCUCUCCAGGAUCGGAGAGGAACUGUACCUGGAACCCACGGAGGACGGGCUGACCCUGCGCACCGUGAACUCGUCCCGCUCGGCGUUCGCCUGCUUCCUCCUCUCUCCACUGUUCUUCCAGAAGUACCAGACUCCUCCGGACCAAACGUUCCGCUGCAAGAUGCCCGUCAAGAGUAUACAGGCGGUGUUCAGGUCUCUGUCGUCACUCGAGCGCUCUGUGGAAAAGUGCCGCAUCGAGAUGAACAUGGAAAAGAGUCGACUCCGAAUCACUCUGCACUGCAAACAUGGACUCUUAAAGACACACAACUUGUCCUUUCAGGACAGUGAGAGCCUACAAGCGGUGUUUAACAAAGAAAGCUGCUCCAACAUUCUCCGAGCCCAGCCCAGGUUGUGGGUGGACACGGUCCUGCACUUUCCAUCCUCUCUGGAGGAGGUGAAGGUGUCGGUCAGCGGUGACCGGGUGUGGCUGAGGAACCACGUGGACGAUGACGCCGAUCCGUCUAAAGCCAUGAUGACUGAACUGUGUCUGAGUUCUGAUGAGUUCGAUCAGUUCGCUGUCGGUUCUGAGACCAGCAUCACCUUCUGUCUCAAAGAGCUCCGGGGUAUGCUGGUGUUUUCUGAAUCGUCUGGACUUCCCGUCUCCAUGUACUUUGAUGAACCUGGCAGUCCGGUUAUCCUGAACAUGUCCGACAGCGUCCUGGAGGCUAACUUCAUCCUCGCCACCCUGUCUGAGGACGCCCAUCAGCGCCCCCACAACAACAACAGAACGGAAAGGCCGCGAGCCGAACCCGCCGCCGCCGCCGACGACUUCAUGUGUGACGAUAUCGACUCCUAUCUCAUCGCCAUGGAGACCAGUGAGCUUGCUGGUCCGUCCAACGAGCUCGUCCCCCGACCUUCCUCAACCAACCGUAAAACCCGGCCGCCCCCCGAAGAUGAAGAGGAUGAGGAGCGGGAAGAUGAGGAGCGGGAGGAAGAGUCGCUAGAAAGACCCCCGAACAAAAAGUUCUGUUCGCUGUUCUUCGGCUCGGUGCUGCCGGCCUCGUCUCAGCUGACCAAUCAGACCCUGCAGAGCCAGGAGGUGCUGGCCAGCGACAGCGAGGACGACAAUCAGGCCGAAUGAUGAUGCGCCGGUGUGUGAGAAUGACAUCGAAGCUCCUUCAGAAGUCAACGGACUGAGAGAAGUUCCAGUGGGAGUGUUCAUGAACAUAUUUUUAUUCCUGUGUUCUUUUAUUUUAAGAGCAGAAUCAGUGACGAAGGAGAGGAGAAAAGUGGGAUUUGAACCCAGUUCAUUACAGGGCGCAACACACGCUGUCUAACACCAGGGGGCGAACUAUAUGAGCACUUUAUUAGGAACACAUAUCUGCUGGGUAGAUUUACAUUGACAUUUUUUGGCAUUUAAGUGUCGUACAGCACUGACAGUAUAUUAUCUCUAUUAUCUAAGCACCUGAGGGUUAAGGGCCUUGCUUAAGGGCCCAACAGUGGCAACCUGGCAGUGGUGGGGCUUGAACCAGCAACCUUUGGAUUAUUAGUCAGAUACCUUAACCACUAGGCUACUUGUGCCCUUGUAGAUGAACACGUGGAUAUACAACCACUGACUGUAGCUCGCCAUUCAUGUACAGUAGACUGACUGUAGACUGUACCCCAUUCAUGAAUCAAAACAGACCCCCUAGUUGUGUGUGUGUAUGUGUGAGAGUGCAGCAGGUGCAGCAGUGUUGUUGGGAUUAAUAAAUCAUGUUUAAACUCACUGGCCUCUUUAUUAGGAACACCUACCCUGUAAGUGCUGGUUGUAGGUGGACAGUUCAUCUUCUUCCUGUCGGCAUUAUAUUUUUGGUUGGAGUGCUGCUCCUUCCCAACAACACUGCUGCACUCAUACAUUCACAGAACAACACACACUAACACUGUCAUCUGGUCAGUGUAGGUCCUAUUCGAGUCCCUUUUGAUUGAUAAAUGGGGGCAACAGUCGAGCUACAGUCAGUAAUUGUAUACCUACAAUGCUUAUCUGUAUGGUGUAGCUUGUAAAAUAGUCAGUGUUACAACAAAACCAGAAAGGUGUUCCUAAUAAAGUGCAAAGUCAGUUUAAACUACAGAAGUCGAUCUGCGCCCCCUGAAGGCGGUGCUCGUAAUUACAGCAGCCCGUGUCCCAGUUUUAAGCAUAAGAAUAAACACAGGAAUUCAAGUGUUACUGUUUUCGGUGUUAAAAAGCCUGAAUCGGAACUCCUCUGGUGUAUUUCAUUACAGACUUUAUUGUUGAGGAACUAUUUACAGUCUCACUGAUACACAAUGCUAAUAUUAGCACACUGUACUAAUAAAAAAAUUCAAGAAUUACAAGUUC